GCGGUGCCAAAUCAAAUUAGCACACUAGUUAGCUUGCGGGGGGAGCGACGUGCAUAGAUGCGGAUUGCGAGCAAGGUUUGAAAGCCGCAAUCUAGGACGAGAGUACUGCCGAUUCCGAGGUUGUUGUUGUUUUUUUUUUUUUUUUCCUUUUUCUUGGGACUCUUCAACCGCACGCCUGCCUGAGGAGAUGGGGGACAAGGCGGGCACCAGAGUUUUCAAGAAAUCAAGCCCCAACUGCAAGGUCACCGUUUACCUUGGAAAGAGAGAUUUUGUGGAUCACCUGGACCAGGUGGACCCAGUAGACGGAGUAAUCCUGGUGGACCCUGAAUAUCUAAAGGACAGGAAAGUCUUCGUGACCCUGACGUGUGCAUUCCGUUAUGGCCGUGAGGACUUGGAUGUUCUGGGUUUGUCCUUCCGGAAGGAUCUCUACAUUUCCACUUUCCAGGCCUUUCCUCCUGUACCUGAGGAGCGCAAACCCAACAGUCGUCUGCAGGAGAGACUGCUGAAGAAACUUGGCCAGCACGCACAUCCCUUCUACUUUACUAUUCCUCAGAACCUCCCCUGUUCAGUUACCUUACAGCCUGGCCCGGAGGACACUGGGAAGGCCUGCGGAGUUGAUUUUGAGAUCAGAGCUUUCUGUGCCAAGUCAAUAGAAGAGAAGAUUCACAAGCGGAACUCUGUGCGUCUGGUGAUUCGGAAGGUCCAGUAUGCUCCAGAGAAGCCAGGUCCUCAGCCAAUGGUGGAGACCACUCGCAGCUUCCUCAUGUCUGAUAGAUCUCUGCAUCUCGAGGCCUCACUGGAUAAAGAGCUCUAUUACCAUGGCGAGCCCAUCAGUGUGAAUGUACACGUCACAAACAACUCCACCAAGACUGUCAAGAGAGUCAAGAUUUCUGUCCGUCAGUAUGCUGAUAUCUGCCUGUUCAGUACAGCCCAGUAUAAGUGUCCAGUGGCUCAGCUUGAGGCAGAUGACCAAGUGUCGUCCAGCUCCACGUUCUGCAAGGUCUAUACGCUGACCCCGACGUUGGAUAAGAACAGAGAGAAGAGGGGCCUUGCGCUGGAUGGCAAGCUGAAGCACGAGGACACCAACCUGGCCUCCUCCACCAUUGUGAAGGAGACUACCAACAAGGAAGUUCUGGGCAUUCUGGUGUCCUACAGAGUCAAAGUCAAGCUGGUCGUUUCACGUGGAGGAGAUGUGUCGGUGGAGCUGCCCUUUGUGUUAAUGCACCCCAAGCCCAUGGAGCCACCAGUGUCCCGUCCACAGUCAGCCGUGCCUGACCUGGACCCCCCCAUUGACACCAACUUGAUAGAAUUUGACACAAACAGCGUCUCCCAGGAUGAUGACUUUGUGUUUGAGGACUUCGCUCGCCUGAGGCUGAAAGGAGUGGUUGACGACAAGGAUGAGGACUGCUAGGAGUUCACAAACCAACAAGAGACACACACACACACACACACACACACACAUACACACAGGUAUACACUCAGUCAUAUUCUCAUACACCCAUACAUUCCCCAGUGGUGGGGGUGAAGGCAUGCAGACAGAGGCUUAUGAAUGCGUGGUGGUCUGUUGACGUGACUCCUGAUGGUGAAGUGCUCUUCUUUUCCUCUCUUGCUUCAGCCAUUUGUCAUGCUGCCAUCUUUCCGGCUUCCCCAUCCGUCCUCUCCGUUUCUGACAGCAAGCUGAAACUGUAUUGCAGUGUGCAGUCCAGAAGGAUUAAGGGUUAAUAUUACUGGUGGUCAUUUCAUGGGCUGGUUGAAAGGGAUGUCUAACUUUGUGCCUGUCCCCGUCUCGGUGUCUGUCUCUCUAGCUGUGUUCCCAUCCAACCGCCUAGCAAAUUUUGAGCCAACUUUUUGAAGUGUUGCAAAAUAAAUGUGAAUUGGGUGCAUUUCUAUGAGCUAGGUUGAAGCAAAGGAGAAGGCUUCCUGAGAAUAAAAGUGUAGCUACAUCAAAAAAACGCAUUUAAAAUAAAAAAGAUUAAGUCUUUACACUGUCAUUUAGCAAACAAGUUUCCAUUGCUAUUCAUUGUCUAUAUUUUUCGUAGUAGAAAAAAAAUGUCCUGCAUUGAUAAGCGAGAUUUAGCGAAAUUUGAUUAUUUCAGUGUGUAGCUUUUGUAAUUUAACAGAAAAAAAAAUCCAUAAAAACACUUGGGUGUAAAGGCAGCCUCUAUCCAUCUCUUUCUGUUAACAUCUCUGGCAGAAGUGUGUGAGGGGAUCACCACAGUUUCACAAAUUUACAACGAAGGACAUUCAAGUGAGAGUGGAAUUCUGGAAAGUAUGGAGAAGAUUUGGGAUUUUAAAACGGAUUAUAUGUGGGAAGUAGUAAUGGGGGAAAUGAGAGAGGAAGGAAAUGAAUUGAUCGCUGAAAAACAAAAAGGAAAAAAAUGACAAAAGUUGAAGAGUUGCGGCACUAUUGGUCGAGAGCACUGGACCUCAUCUGUUCCUUGAACUCGGACUGUCCUUUGAAAUUUAAAUAUUUCUACAACUGUUGAUCACUGUCUUGUACAAAAUAUAUAUUUGAAACUUACUAAAUCUUAUACAAAUGAUGAGCUCUAUAAAGUCAAUCGCCGUCUCCUCAGAUACACAUUUUUAAACCGUGCCUGUGAAAGGGGGAGGAGUGCGCGCACACAACAUUGACACACACAGUCGGAUGCGCGCACACAGCGGUCGUGGCUUCGUAACGUUUGUGGGCUUUCACCAGCAUCAACCUGCUCUCCUCUUCACUCUGGAUCUGAUAACCGUUGUCACUUCUACUAGUUAGUUCCAUGUUUCAGGGCUCCAUUCCAGCACUGCCACCUUAUCUGGUCUUUGUUAUUUGUGUCCUCGUGCUCCCAGUCACAGACCCUGCAGUCAGUCACUUCCAUGUAAACCUGAACUCCUGUGUACUUUAGGCCAGAGGUGGGCACUCAAGUCAUGUGUUUUGGAUCCUGUCUCCGUUCAUAGUUCAAAUACUUUGAGACGUGUUAGGCACUGGUCGAAUUUGCUUCGGACUCCAACCUGUAGCAGAGACAUGGACCCUCUUGACUGGAAGUUCGCUUGUGGUCGAAAGGUGAGUCAAGAGAAUGACUUGGUCCCCACCUCCGGUUUAAACAUACUCUCAUCAAAGAAACUUGUUCAAGGUAAAUACUGGUGUUUUGGAAUGAGUUUUUUUCCCCAUCUUUUUUAUGACCAAAAUGGUAUCGUAAUUAAGUCAUCACACCCACUUGUCUAAAUGAUUAUUUUUUCAACACACCAUUGGCAUCAUCUUGACUUAGUCACAGAUGACGUAACAUCCAGACAAAUUUUAUUUGGUGCUUGCCAGAGGCAAAUUUCAGCAGCAAUUCCAAGUGGCUGUCAUCCUAUUCAGUCUUCACUCAUCAAUCCACUUUGAGCAAAAUCUGAAAUGUUUGUAGACUGUCUCCUAACAAUGGGGAAUGGACAUGUGUUAAGCAGGAACAAUGACUACUUCUGAAACAAGCUGUCAAAUUCUUGGAAAUAAAUUACAAACAGUUAAAUGCAAAGUGAGACUGCACCAGCGACACCAGUAUUUAACUUGUAAUUUACAAUUUUAGCACGCUGCCCAUCUCUCAUCGCAUUGGUCAAGGAUGGAAAGCUGCAAAGAAAACCAUAUUGUAAGAGCACGGGUUGUUUUUCUCCGCGCAUUCAUCCUUUAAAGGGCCUUGCUGUAGUUUUGGGCCCCACCUUUUUUCUUUUGCUGUUCUGCAUUAUGUUAUUUCUACCUGUCUGUUCACUGCAUGUUGUGUGGCACGUAAUGUGUAAUUUUUGCUGCGUUGACAAACAUGUCAAACAUCACACCAUUUUCAAAAAAUGUACUGUCGUGCAACAAAAAUCCAAUAUCUGCACAUGCGCAACACCCGCCCACACAAACCCUCUCUGAAGAGAGGUUUAUUUUCUUGUAUACACUCAUGGAUAUUUUUCCAAAUUGAGUUUAUUAAAAAUAUUUUUUUUAAAUAGUUUAACGAUGCAAUGGAUCCCAAUACAUACUGGACACAUUAAAAAAAAAGUUAAUAUUUAGUUUGCCAUAUCUAACAUAACCAUUACGUGGGUGUUCACCGAGCAGCCUCUUCACUUAAGCUAUGGCUAUCACCAACAAUGCAACAGAACCAGUAUAGAUGGAGCAUGUUUUUGUUUUACUUUCUUUCCAAGCGGUGCUGUGAAUCGUCCGAGCUGUGAUUCUGUGUUCUAUUACGUUGUGCAUCUGUAGGCGGCGCUGCUAAGUGUGAAAGCAUUUUGACAAGGGCCGCGCCCCCCUGGCCUGUGCGACGCUCGCCAUAAGUUCUAUAAACGCAGGAAAUUAUUUCUAUUGGUAGGACAUACGCCAGAAAAAAAUAAAACUAUCAUAAUUGUGGUUUUGAUUAUUAUUAUUAUUAUUAUGGUGACUAUUAUGUCUACUGUAUCAUCAUUGCGACCAUGAUUAUCCUCAUAAUCACUGAAGAAAGUCUUGUUUUGCCAUGUAUUUUUUUAUUUUGAGAUUUUUAUUUUAAUUUUUUUAUUAUUAAAGGUGAAAUGA